AUGCAUUCCACCGAAGUUCUCGUCGCAACCCUCCAACCAGAUGCAGGUGUCAUAUCCGCGGACGGCAAUCCUGCUGCGAAGGCAUUGCAAGAGAUCUAUUCCGGAGCGAGCAAAGCAGCAGGCUUCAGAGGCGCCUUUUCUGGCCCGCAGAUCGAGAACCAGCAAGGAGUGGCAUCUUUCGUUCGUGAAUGCACCAGCCUGAAAUGGGAGUCUGCCGAGGCUCGUCUGAAAUUUACGCAGAGUGAAGACUUCGUGAAUGUUCUUCGCCCAGCCAUACUGCAAUACAUUGAUGGUGCUAGUAUCCAACAGUACGACGUGGUAUUCAACGCGUCCCCCGAACCGGUCAUCACUUCCGGUGUUACUGAGGUUUUGAUCAAUGCUUAUGACGUGGAGGCCGUCAGCACUGAAAGUCAGCGCAGUGCAAUCGUGGGAGAGUUCCUGGCCUUCGUGGAAGUCGUCAAACCGGUUGCAACUAGUCUAGGCGGAACCGGCGCAGUGUACGGCUGGGCGGACGGUGAACAUGAGAAAGAAGGGAACAAGGUCAAAGUGCUUGUGGCCCUAGUGGGUUGGCCGAGUGUGGAAACCCAUAUCAAGUUCUCGGGGUUGGAUGAGGUCAAGCCGAACUUUGCGUUGCUCAAGACCCAGCCCAAACCCAGGCAAGCGUUCCAUUGCAAAGCCACCGGGGUUUGA